AUGGUAAUGUUAUUCACGUAUUGGCAGAAGCUGCGGGAAUCACAAAUCCCAGAAGAAGUAACGACGUUACUAAGUCUAAGUCCAAAGUUUUCACUAUAUCCUCAUAAUUUCCCGCACAACCAACUGUACCACCUUCUUGCCGAAACCGAAUCAAUUUUAAAAACCAACUUCAAGCACCAAAUUCAGGACACAACCCGAUGUAUGAUUACCAAUUGCAUACACAAUUUCAUCCACAAAUACGAUAACUGUCCGAGAGACCCAGAAUCCAAGUUUAUAAGAAUCGCACAAACCAAAACCAGAAAUUUCCUUAAACUAAACCCAAAUAUCUGCAUUCUACCGGCCGACAAAGGCAACCGCACUGUUGUGAUGUUAACCGAAGAAUAUAACCGUAAAAUGAAACUCUUGCUCAACGACACAAAUACGUACAAAACUGUUAAAUCCGAUCCCACGAACAAAUUCCAAACCGCCAACAACAACAUCAUAGGACGAUUGCUCGAGCUCAAACUUAUAGACAAACAAACUGCCUACAAUCUGAAAACCUAUACCGCCACUUGCCCCCGAAUAUAUGGACAACCUAAAGCACACAAACAAAAUCUGCCUCUCCGUCCCGUGGUCCCUGGAAUGACUAGUCCGAGCUACAAUCUUUCUAAAUAUGUCUGCAAAAUAUAUCAAAUGUCCAUCCAGACCAAAUACAACGUACGUGAUUCCCGCAGCUUCUGCCAAUACGUGAAUAACAUUACCAUUCCACCGCAAUGCGAAAUGAUAUCACUGGACGUCAUAUCGCUGUUCACCAACAUUCCCAAGGAAUUAAUUAUCCGUGAUACCAUAAACAGUUGGGGAUCGCUGAGAACUAAUACCAAUAUCAAUUUGGAUCUGUUCCUGGAAAUCGUCAACUUCUGCUUGGAUUCAAGUUACUUUAUGUUCAGAGAUCAAUAUUACUCUCAAAUAGCGGGUGCAGCCAUGGGAAAUCCUCUCUCACCGAUACUCUCCGAUCUCAUUAUGGAACCACUCAUUGACUCCGUUUUACGCAACAUUUGUUUCCCUGUUCACACAAUACGCAAAUAUGUCGAUGAUCUGUUUCUUAUAAUUCCCAAAGAUAAGAAAAACGAAAUACUGACAGCUUUUAAUUCAUAUCAUAGCAACAUUCAAUUCACCAUAGAAGAGGAACAGAACGGACGACUAGCAUAUCUGGAUAUGACACUCAUACGACAAGCUGAUAACUCAAUACGCACUGAAUAUUAUACGAAAACUAUUGCCUCCGGACGACUAUUGAACUACCGAUCCAUCCACCCACUGUCGCUAAAAAUUAAUAUAGCUUCCAAUUUCAUAUCACGAGUAAACGAUCUAUCCACCAACUUAACUGAUACCCAGAAGAGAAACAUUAUAGUUCAACAGCUUAAAUUAAAUGACUAUCCUCUCAGUUUAAUCAAUCGAUGCUGGAAUCGAAUGAAAACCGCUAAGAACAUCCAAACCACCCACAAUACACCCGCAGCAGAAAGAAUAUAUCGGUCGAUACCGUAUAUACCGAUGUUAACGCCCCAUAUAGUUAGGAUAUUGAAACAGCAGUACCCAGAAGUUUGUGUAUCAACGCGAUGUACACACACCGUGAGCAAAUUUUUCACCCAGAUCAAAGACCCCGUUCCCGCAUUACUUAAACAUAAUGUCAUAUAUAAAAUACCCUGCAGCAACUGUGACAAAAGUUACAUAGGCAUGACCAGCAAUCUGCUUAAGAGCAGACUCUCCAACCACCAGAGCAACAUAAACAAACUCGAUCAGCUGUUGAACUCAGGACUUCCAUACACCGACCCCGCAAUACGUUCUCUCAGAGAGAAAACAGCACUCAUCUCCCAUUGUAUCGACGAGCGUCAUCGGUUUAACCUUACCGAAACCAAAAUAUUGGACUUCACACACAGGAAAUCAUCUCUGAGCUUGCUCGAGAUGGUAUGGAUCUACAACGACACAUCCACAGUCAACAAACGCACCGACGUAGACGGACUAAAUGCUACAUUCGCUGGCAUCUUGCAUGCAAUAGACAAACACAGAAACAAACAGCAACAGAUAGUAAACAGCAUCAACUAG